AUGGCUCGGCUUCACAGCGACUCUAUGCAACCUGGGCAAUCGGUGGCUCCCAUGCCGUACAUGCUGCGAGGCAUGUUUACCUCCCGACUGGACGCUCGGGCGCAAGCUACCCGAGUCUCCGUCCUUCUGGGCCGCAUGGGACUUCCGGAUACUUGGGCUCUCCAACCUACUCUGUACAAUCAAACGACCGAUUGCUCUUUCGAGGUCGUGUCCGAUACCAGUCUCGCCCUUCGCAGUAAUAUGCUCCGACAGGCGGCAACGGCGUUCUGUGAGCUCAAGGUUGCACACCUUGAGGAAGCAAAUAUCUCUUUGCUGGAGAUGUGCGUCUUGUUGCUUCACGAGGAGCUACCGAACACUAAUAGCGAUCUAUCUCAUCUCAGCCUCAGCCUGACUGAGGAUGCCGCGAGGGAUCUCAGCAAAUUUGACGGUCAGAGCUCGCACCUCUUCGCAGUGGCUCUCGAUCCAAGGAAGGUCGGCGACACCUUGAAGUCCCGUGCGGAGGCGCUCUACAAUAGCCGCCGUUCAAACUACAUACAAUGGGCUUCCGUAGAGCCAGCGACCUCCGUCACCGCAAGCACCGCAACCCUGACGCGUCCUGCUGUCGUCAACGUUCCCACCAGCACGGCCAGUGCGCGCACGGGUCCUGGCAACACGGCCGCAGGGUCAUCGUCGUCUAAAGUCCUCCCCAAGAAGCGCCCCAAUCUGGCGGAAAGCCCAGCGCUCGGAGGCAGUGCACCUGGAUCGCGGUCCAUGAUCAAACCGCCAAAUAAGUCCACCGCCGUCAGUGGCCCAUCCAACGGAAGAUCGACCGGCGUUACGCCCGCCCGCGCGCCCGUCCUGGCCUCGAGCGCGGGGCCAUCUCGCGCGCAGCAUACGGGUACCAUUCGGGGCACCGCGAUUGAUGCUAUGGAUGCGACCACCCGUGAUGUGGUCCUGGGAAACAAGACAUUCGAGGCCGAGAACCUCGCCCGUCUUCGGAUACUGAACGAACGACUCGGGCACAAGGUUGACCGGCUUGAACGGGAAAACGCUGAGCUCCGGAAGAGCGAGGAGGAGAAAAACAAGGAGAUACGCAAUGCGAACGCCAAAAUCGAGGUCUUGGAGGACAGCAAGAAGCGUCUGGCAGAAGAUAAGGCCGAGGGGGAGCGCGCGCUCAAGAAAGCGAGGGCUGUCGAGCGCAAGAUUCUGCCAGCACAUAGGCAGGCCAGAGUCAGCGACGAUGAGCUCGACGCGAAUGCGGAGACGCACGCGUUGAUGAUGAAGGAGGAGAUCCAGGAUCUGCAGGCCAGGGUCGCCCAGCUCGAGCAGGAGAAUGAGGAGCUUAGAGAGGAGAAGGAGGGCCUUGAGGGGGACGUCAAUGCGCUCGGCGAGGAAGUUGAAUAUCUCGAAGAGCAGGUGCCUCCCAGCAAGCGUCACUGA